GUAAGAGGGGACCAUCACCAAAGGGGAACAUGCUUAAACUCACGAACCUCGGCUUCUGUCACGAGCCUAGAACACCCCAAACGAUGCACAAGGGCAGGCCACUCAGGUACUCUGCACCACUUCGGCCUGAGCUAGCAUCUAGCUCGGUCACUAUCAUAACUUCCUCAUGAACUCAUCUUGAGGUUGAACCAGCUUGACGAGUUCACUCAGUCAUCACCGCCAAAAUGGAACCCUCAAGUGCAAACACUGGCUUCAUCCAGCAACAACCCAUCAUCAAGAACCAAUUCCACGAAGAUGUCAGUCUCCAGCGGAUAGCCAACCUCUACCUCCCCCCAUCCCUCCUCGAGAAUGUCUCCCCCGAGAUCUCGCGCCUAGGCGACGCCGUCCUCACCCAGCAAAUCUUCGACUGGAUCACCGACUCGGAGCGCAACACCCCCUACCUGCGCGGCUCGGGCCGCGACGCCUUCGGCCGCCCAAAACAGGAACUCAUCGUGACCGAAGGCUGGCGCAAGCUACAAGAGUUCGGCUUUGCCAACGGCGUCGUGGCCAUCAACUACGACACCCCUUCCAGUGGUCCUUACUCGAGGCUGAUCCAGUUCAUCCGCUGCCACCUCUGGGAAGCCUCGUGCGCCAACACUUUAUGUCCAGCCGCAAUGCAAGAUGGUGCCGCCCGCUUGCUGCAGCGGCACUUGACCACUCCCAAAUUGGCGGGGAAACUGUCCGAGACAGAAAAAAGGGUGUUCCAAAACGCCUACGACCACCUCACCUCCCGCGACCCAGCUUACACCUGGACUUCGGGACAGUGGAUGACGGAACGCACCGGCGGGUCGGACGUCUCGCAGACCGAAACCGUCGCUGUCUAUGACCCCUUCCCUUCUGACUUGGCUGAAGUCCCGCUAGCCUCAAAAGAAGAAAACAUCCCCUUGGGACCCUGGUCCAUCUCCGGCUUCAAAUGGUUCUCCUCCGCCACCGACAGCCAAAUGACCAUCCUCCUCGCCAAGACGCGUCCGGGGAUGGGGGUGUCGGCUUUCUUCGCUCCCAUGCGGCGGUGGAAUCCCGCGCUUGUUUCGUCCACCGGCGCCGGCGCGGGCGGGACGGAACUCAAUGGUAUCACCAUCUCUCGGCUGAAGAACAAGUUUGGCACGGUGGGACUGCCGACGGCGGAGUUAGAACUAAAAAACAUGCGGGGUUGGUUGAUUGGCAAAGAAGGGGAGGGGAUCAAGGAGAUUUCGACGAUUUUGAAUAUCACGAGGGUGCACACGACUGUGAGUUCAAUGGGGUAUUUGGGGAGGGGGAUAGGCGUUGCCAAGGCGUACGCCCUCGUUCGCGAAGCCGGCGUGGGGAAAGGCCGUCGACUGCCUCUCUACAAACACCCGUUGCACAUGCGCACUUUGGCCGACUUGACGGCAGAGUAUCACGGCUUGAUGUUGUUGACCUUUUACACUUUGUAUAUCCUCGGGUUGGAUGAGCACCGCUCUCCAUCUUCCCCCAGUUCCCAAUCCCAAUCCACCACCUCCAGCUCCCCAGGAACCCCCCAACACCCCCUCACCCCUCCCCCUUCUUUGGUAUCCCCCCUCCUCCGCACCCUCUCCUCCCUCCACAAAUCCUUCAUCUGCCACUCUUGCGUCCCCCUCACCUUCGGCUGCAUGGAAUCCCUCGGCGGGCUAGGCUACCUGGUCAACUCGGAAUCCGAACACCUCAACCUCUCUCGCAUCUUCCGGGACGCCUGUGUGGGCGCAAUCUGGGAGGGCACGACGGAUGUGUUGGCUGGUGAUACCGUUCGGGCUUUGAAGCAUCCAACUAUAAAAAAGGAGGGGGUGGGGGCUUUGGGGUGGUUGGUUCAAGCUGGACUGGCUGGGUUGGAGGGGAGUGGAAAGGAGGAGGAGGAAAAAGAGGAGGAGGAGGGGGAGAGGAUUAGGAAAGUUUGGGAGGGAUUGAAGAAGAAGUUAAAGACCAAAAAACAGGAGGAGUUGUUGCCGGAGGCCAGAGGGCUAACGCAUAGGUUGGCGGAGGUGUUGAUUGCGGUUUUGUGGGUGGUUGAUGCGAGGGUUAGGCCGGGGAGGGAAGUGGAGGGGAUGAAGAAGCGGUGGAUGGCUAAGCAUGGGUUUGGGCCGGGCUCUGGUGGUGAUGGGGAGGAGGAGGAAGUGAAGGUGGAGGGAGAUGGACUGGAGCUGGAUUUGGCGAUUGUUUAUGGGGAGGGAGGACCGAAGGGAGUUGUUGAGGGUGGUGGGAGUGUACCGGGGGUUUCAAAGUUGUGAGGUCUGAGCUUGAUCGAUGUAUGUAGUUGGCAUCGUUAAACAGCUUCUUAGGAUUUUUCUUCUUAUCACCAAGUCAAACAUGAGGAAUGAAUGAAUGGACAUAAAACCUCAAUCCAUCCGUCACCAGUUGACAUACCC